ACAAGAAAAAACAAAAAAGAAAAUUACAGCAAAAUCAAUUCAUAAUCUUUUUUAUGUGAUUGAGAAAGAGAUUCCAAUUCCAGAAAACACCAAAAACCCUCCAUUUCGUUUCCAUCUUUUCCUUCUUUGUAGCUCUCAAAAUUGAAAAUCUUAAGCUGCUGCUGCUACCUGCUACCUGCUACUACUCAUAGGUCUCUGUUAGCAUAAACUGGCCAUUAUAUUGGAGUUUUAGACAACGAUUGGUUGGUUCUGUGCUCUCAAAAUGGCAACUUAUGUUUCUCCCUGUUUGAUUCCUCCGGAUUCUCGGGUUCUCACUCUUCUUAGAAAGAGUGUACUACCGGAGAAUCAUCUAGGCGCCAGGGCUGGUUGCUUAAGAAUGAUUGAAAGUAAGAGAAACCGCUUUGUUGUUGCUGCUCAUAAAUCCGAGUCUUCGUCAAUCAGGAACUCUUUGAAUUCUCAUAGUCCUAGCCAUUUCCAAAGCCAAGACUCUUUCUUGAAUCUCCACCCUGAAAUAUCGAUGCUCAAUCCAAGAAAAGAAAUUACAAGUGGACCCAUUACUGAGGAUCUGGAUGAGUUAUCUACUCCAACCACUUACAAUGAGGCACGUAUCAAAGUUAUCGGCGUUGGAGGUGGUGGCUCAAACGCUGUGAAUCGGAUGAUUGAGAGUGAGAUGGUUGGCGUGGAGUUUUGGAUUGUGAAUACCGAUAUUCAGGCAAUGAGAAUGUCUCCGGUUUUCCCAGACAAUAGGUUACAGAUUGGAAAAGAGUUGACUAGGGGUUUAGGUGCUGGAGGAAAUCCAGAGAUUGGAAUGAAUGCUGCCACAGAAAGCAAAGAAGCUAUUGAACAAGCACUUUAUGGUUCGGAUAUGGUUUUCGUCACUGCUGGAAUGGGUGGUGGAACUGGCACGGGAGGGGCUCCUAUAAUUGCAGGGGUUGCAAAAGCUAUGGGUAUCUUGACGGUUGGUAUUGUCACUACGCCUUUCUCGUUUGAGGGACGGAGAAGAACAGUCCAGGCUCAGGAAGGGAUUGCAGCGCUCAGAGAGAAUGUCGACACUCUUAUUGUUAUUCCAAACGACAAGUUACUCUCAGCAGUCUCUCAGUCUACUCCAGUUACAGAAGCAUUUAAUCUGGCAGAUGAUAUACUUCGUCAAGGAGUCCGUGGAAUAUCUGAUAUCAUUACGAUACCUGGAUUGGUCAAUGUGGAUUUUGCUGAUGUGAGGGCUAUAAUGGCAAAUGCAGGUUCUUCAUUGAUGGGAAUAGGAACUGCAACUGGAAAGACACGAGCAAGAGAUGCUGCAUUAAACGCGAUACAGUCACCUCUGUUAGAUAUUGGCAUUGAAAGAGCCACUGGAAUUGUUUGGAACAUAACCGGCGGAAGCGACUUAACACUGUUCGAGGUAAAUGCUGCUGCAGAAGUGAUUUAUGACCUCGUUGAUCCGACAGCUAACCUUAUAUUUGGUGCGGUGGUAGAUCCAUCCUAUAGUGGUCAAAUAAGUAUUACCCUAAUAGCAACCGGUUUCAAACGCCAAGAAGAAGGGGAAGGGAAGCCACUUCAGGCGACACAAGCGGAUGCAUCAAUGGGAAUAUCAAGACGUCCUUCUUCAUCUUUCACUGAAGGCAGUUCCAUAGAGAUCCCAGAGUUCUUGAAGAAGAAAGGUCGAUCUCGCUAUCCUCGCCUCUAGACCCUCUUUGAUCACUCUAUACGAACGUGGGUUAGUAAGUUGCCUGUCUGGUGAUUCUCUAAUAGGUGUUAGAACUGUUUAUUGGUAGAUGCUAUUUAUAUAUAUAUUGGUCUCUGUCACACUUGUUUCAAGAGUUUGCUUUCUAGUACGUCUAGUUUAUAAGAAUAUUAAGAACUUGAGAUUUAACAAAGAAUUGCUCUCUUUAUUAUG